CACGGUCACCACCACCACCAGCUCCUUCGCCGAGAACUUCUCCACCACCAGCAGCAGCUUCGCCUACGAUCGAGAGUUCCUCCGCACUGUGCCCGGGCUUCUCAUCGUGGCCGAGAUCGUCUUGGGUCUACUGGUAUGGACACUUAUCGCCGGGACCGAGUACUUCCGGGUUCCUGCAUUUGGCUGGGUCAUGUUCGUAGCUGUAUUUUACUGGGUCCUCACCGUCUUCUUCCUCAUCAUCUACAUAACGAUGACCUACACCAGGAUUCCUCAGGUGCCCUGGACAACAGUGGGCCUGUGCUUUAAUGGCAGUGCCUUCGUCUUAUACCUCUCUGCCGCCAUUGUGGAUGCGUCUUCUGUCUCCCCAGAGAGGGGCAAUCACAACUUCAACAGCUGGGCAGCCUCAUCGUUCUUCGCCUUCCUGGUCACCAUCUGCUACGCUGGAAACACAUAUUUCAGUUUUACAGCAUGGAGAUCCAGGACCAUGCAGUGAUUUACCAUUUUGAUAAUUAAAAGGGGGAAAAAACUCAAAACGGGAAGAAUCUCACUGUAAAAACAACUGUAGGUAUAAUGUAUAUUUCCAGAGAAUUGUAUUUAACUAAUGUUUUUAUAUACUUAGUUAAAUUCGCUGGUAGUGGUUUGUUACAAUUAAACUGGAUACUCAUUUGCAAAGUGCUAUAGCUUUUAAUGAACUCUUAAGUAUCUUGUUGAUGUCUCCCAGACCUUAUUUUCUUAGACAAUGUAUAAAUAGAUAAAUUGCUAAUAUUAAGAAUGUGUCAAGUUUGUAAACUAACUUUUAAAAUGCCAGAUUCUUUUGUGAUUAAAUGUUGCAAAACUCCA